UACAUACAUACAUCCCUCAUUCAAUCGAGGGCAGGCAGUCGACUAGGACUGGCUAGAUACUUCAGAGCUGCAGGCAUCCAUCUCCAGAAUGCGACAGAUUUUCGUGGCGACCCUGCUGUGUCUGGCCCUCGGCAGCUGCACUGCAUCCAUCAGCGGACCGUUCAUCUUCUGGGGCAACUCCAAGGUGGCAUCGGUUCAACCGCAGCUCCUGUUGGACGCCAGCAGCCAGGAGUUGCCUCUGACGCAACUUUUCAAGGAGGCCACGGCCAUUGUGGUGUUUGUGCGUAACGCCACGGGACGAUUGGAGGGCACCAAGUAUCCGCAGUUCCAGAACCUGGUAAAGAGCGGACCCUGGUCGUAUCUGCCCCAGAGAAGUCUUGCUGUGGAGCCCUUUGGACACAAUGUCAAUAUUGAGGUGGUGAACCUUUCCGGCCGAGCAGAAGAAGACGACGCUGAAAUCCUAACAGCCUACAACGAAGCUCUGGCUACCUUUGGGCAAGGAGAGGUUCUCGGAAUCUUAGCCAGCCGUGAGGAGGAGGCUCACUUCCUGGCCAAGAGGGACGCAGCCGCCGGCGAGGAGGAAGCCAACAAAAAGAAGGAGCCAGAGGGACCCGAAGAGACCGAAGACAACUUCAUCUACGUGGCGGAGGGAAACAAGGCAGUUUUGAGUUUGAAUGGACCUCUGGAGCUUAGGUUGACCAACGAAACCCUCAGCCUGAAGGAGCACACUAAGCAAAUAACCUUUGACGACCAACACGCCAAGGGUUAUGGACGAUUGAGCAUCACCUUCAUGCACUCCGGGGAGAAGUGCACCCUGAGGUUUAAGUUUUCUCUGAUCCGUGGAUCCUGGACUCUGCGUAACGUGGAAGUGGAGUACAAAGAUCUGAAGAGUGUGCUCUUGGCCCGCGGGGAUGAGUACUCUUUGCCAAAUGCUCCAGUCGGCUUCUCAUACCGCUGCUCGGCCGAGAACGUUACCUUCCUGAAUACCGCUCGGAACGAAACCAUCCAGAGCCUACUGCUCAGUGAUUUCCAGGUGCAGCCCUGGCUAAAUGGUCGCCAGAAGUUUGGAGAGGUCUACGACUGCGUGGGAUUCGUAUCGGCUCCAAUCCUAGCAGGUCUGCUGGUGGUGAGCUUGCUUCUGGGCAUCCUGGGUAUCGGAAUUUCCGCCAUGCUCAGCAUGCACACCCCCAAUCGCUUCGAGAGUUCACGCAGCAAGCAGUUGACCUUUACGAUUCAGGAGUAGAUUACUAUAAUCUCAGGCAAUAUCCCAGCUACAGCUACCAGCAAAUACUCAAUAGAUCUGCUACUGACAUGUUCGUCCAGAUCACCUAUGUGGCGCUCAAGCCUCUGGCUUUGUUCACCCUGGCCAUCGAGCUGUUUCUCAUCCAUCUGCUAUUCGUGUUGAUCGUGUUAUACGUGUACGUGCUUUGGUACUAUUGAGAAAAAGUCCUAACCAGUAUAUAAACAAUAGAAACCUCUUAAAAGG